CCUCAUGCCCUGUGUGUGUGUGUGUGUGUGUGUGUAUAUGUGUAAAAAAGUUUCAACAUGGUAUUAAUAUAAUAGGCAAGCAACCUUCAUUAAAAUUUUUAAUUCUCACACUAGAUGGAGCACAUCAGUGAACUGGGACCCUCAGGUCUCUCCACAAAUUGUCAGUAGGGGUAUGAGUUUGGACUUUGGCUGAGUCUAUCAGUGACAUUAAGAGCUUUGUCCCAGAAACACUCCAGAAGUGUUUUGCCUUUGUGUUUAAGGUUGUUAUGCUGUGACCUUCACCCCAGUUUGAAGUCAUGCACACUAUAGGUCAGGUUUUUGUCCAGCACCCAUUGGCUUUAUUCAUUGCUCCCUCAAUCCUUAGCAGUCUCUCAGUCUUUUAUUCUAGGAUGCAUCAUCACAGCAUGAUGCUGCUGCUACCAUCACCAUCAGGCUUCACUGUAGGCAGAGGUGAGGAGUGUUAUCUGGUUUUUCUCAGUUGUAGCUCUUGGCAUGCAACAAUGAGUUGAGCUUUUGUGUGACCACAGAAUUCUUUUCAUACAUUCUUCUAAAAGUGGUAACACCAGUGUGAUGUUCUGUGGCUUAUUGCAGCUGCUGCAGUUUCUCACACACUGUUUGAAUAGCUGGUGGGUUUCCUGACCAAGACCCUUCUUUGCUGAUUAAAACUUUUUUUAUGAGUAAAAAGUUAAAAAGCAUGUUUUGCUUAGUUAUUACUGGGUGUUAUAUAAAGAUAACACAAUAAAUGUAUACAUUUCGAAUUACUUCUAUAACCGCAAAAUGUGGAAAAAAUGAAGAGACUAAAAGUCAGAACAGAUAAUCUCAAUACUUUCCAGUUCACAAUUUAAAACCUGCAGCAAAGAAUAAGAGUUUCUCAGAAGAGUUAAUAAUGAAUAAUAAUAACUGAAACCAGGAGUACAUUCAAUUAAACAUGCAGUAACAGAGGUGUUAGUUCUGUAAAACAGGUCCUGUAUAGAUAAUUCUCUUUCUCAAAAUAAGGAAGCUUUCUUUCUGCAAAAAGCUGUAUUAACUCCCAGGAAAGGGUCCCCCACUUUGAUGAUGAUUACAGACUUUAUUCGAGUGGAUUGUUUUUAAUUGAACAUUAAUGUAAUAAGAUAAAGAACUCAUUACUGAUUAUUAUACAAGCCUCAAGGGUAAAAUUUUAAGAGGUUUCCACAUGCAAGGGUAUUGUGAACGGAUCAUGUUCAUUACCUCCUUGGCCCCUCUGAUGUAAUUAUUCAAACCUUUGUACCUUUCUAGAGAAAUCUAACAUCUUUGGGUAAUUGUGUGUGCUCAUAUGAAAAGCAGAACUCAUGGGCUUCCUGUCAACACCAAAACCACAAACACUUUUUUUUUUUUGACGUUUACCUUUAAAGAAUGCAGACAGUCCUCACGGAGUUAUUUAUUUGAUCUGCAGCCAGCAAGACAGGACGUAACUCAACAUGAAAUGCAAUUUCAGUGGGACUCUGCUGAUCAGUGUGCUCCCUCCAUUGUUGGUAACAGAGUUUGUUUUGGGAGCCAUUGCAAAUGGUUUGGCUCUCUGGAUCUUCUGCUUCCACCUGAAGCCCUGGAAGAGCAGCACGGUGUUACUCUUCAACCUGGCGAUGGCUGAUUUUCUGCUCAACAUGGCUUUGCCUUUCCGUGCCAGCUACUACAUCUCGGAGAUCAACUGGAUGUUUGGAGGCGGUCUCUGCAACAUCUGCCUCUUCAUGUUGGCAAUGAACCGCAGCGGAAGUAUACUCUUCUUGAUGGCUAUCGCUGUGGACAGAUACAUGCGUGUGGUGCAUCCCCAUCAUCCCAUCAACUCUUUGAGUGUCUCCAAAGCCAUGUGUGGAGCACUUGCACUAUGGUUGGUCGCUAUCUCAAUGACAGCUCAUGUCUUUGCUUUGCAACACAUCAACACAACUUACUGUGAGAGCUUCAUGAUUGAGACUAAACCCCAGCAAAAUCUGACCUGGCAUAAGUUUGUGUUGCUCUUUUCCUUCUAUAUACCUCUGAUUGUGAUUCUCUACUGCACAGUCCACAUUAUUGGCCACCUGAGAGGUAGACAGUUGGCCCAGCAUGCAAAGAUUAAGAAGGCUCUGUGCUUCAUCAUAGUGGUGGCGGUGCUCUUCAUUAUUUGCUUCCUCCCGAGCAACGUCAUACAGGUGCUGAUUUGGAUCAAGACCAAAGAAGUAGCAGACACCCUCUCCGAAUCUCAAGUCUGCCCUGCCCUGGAAGACCUGAACACUGCAUUUUACAUCACCAUUAGCCUAACCUAUCUCAACAGCGUGUUGGAUCCUGUGGUCUACUACUUCUCCAGCCCUGCCUUCAAGAACAUCUGCAGGAAAGCUCUUCAUCUGCCCCAAGCAGACACUGUUGAAAGUACAGAGAAGAAAACUCGAGAAACAGGCUCCCAGUCGCUCAGCCAGCUGUAAUCACAAAGCCAAAAUAAAGGAAAUCAUUGAGAUGGAUGCAGCUCCAUAGCUAACAUUUUGAUUAAAAGUGACAUUUUUCUCCCAAAGUGGUCAUGUAAGUGCUACAGCCAACAAGAUGUUAUUUUUACUUCUCUUAUACAGUAGUUAUACAGUAUAUAUUGACUGUACUUUUCUAAAAAAAUUUUUUUGCAAAACAUAUGAUAUUGUAAAGCUGACAUAAUUUAUGUACUUAAUAUUUUGUCCAGCUUAUACGGCCACCAAACUACUCUUCAAUUCUCUAAACUCACAAUCACUAUAUAUAUUUAUUCACAUGAAUUAUUCACAUAAUUCAUGUGAAUAAAAUAUCAUCUUGUAAUUUUGGAAAAACGUAUCAGAAUUGUUAUGAUAAAAAUAUUGCAUGUCUCACAGCUUUCUCGUGUCAGAUUAUCUAUGAUCUCAAUGAUACCAAGUCAUAUUAAUGAGCUAUGAAGGUAAUUUUUAGAACACAACCCUCAACACAAUGUCCUCACUGUUGGAGCAAGAAAUAAAGAUUUUUAUUCUCAUCAUAGAGCUGUGGCAUGUUUUCCUGCAAUUUAUCAUCUGACUUCCAGUCAACAUGAAGUGCAUUCAGGUUCUUAUACAUAGAUUCAAUGCACUGACGUUACUAUAAGGAUUAAGCACCAUAAACCAAAUAAAGACAAGCACAUUACAUUAAAAUGUGCAGUAAUUUGGACAGCAGGACACACAAUUCUGACCAUAACUUAUGUUUUAGCAGCAACUGAUGUUUGGCCCCUUUGACACAGUUAACACAUCAAGUAUUUGAUGAUUAAAAUGCCUUGGUUUCCCUGUAAUGUCGUUCAUACCACAAACACCUCCUCCCCUGUUUAGAUGGUUCCCCAAAAAGUAUGCGACAGCCAUCAAAGAGUUAUUACCGGAAACUACGAGUGAACUCAAUGGACUUGUAAUAACCUCAAGUAAAUAAUGGAUUGAUGCGGAAAUACUUGAAUCAUAUAUCUCUGAUGCACAUUUAAACAAUACAAUUAAUAGAAAUUAGAAUCAGAAUUAAACCUGCCAACUAUUGGCAGGUUUUAAAAAUGUAAGUCUCUACAUAGGCUCUAAUUGGACUGAUUUUAAAAAAAAUUUGUAUUUUGCACACAAAAAACUCAUUUGUUUGAUGUUCCACUCAGUCUACAUACUGCUACAACAUGAAUUACAUAGUCAAAGUGAAGUUUGGCGUGGCUCAGUAACACACAAGAAAUAUGUUGCAAUAAUUAUCCAGUAGCUACACUGCCAGCUAAUGAGCAGAGUAUUUUUCAACUGAUAGGGUUUUCCAGCAGUUAGGCUAAUAAUGCAGACAUUUGUGGGUGACAUGCACUGUAAAACCCAAUUUCUAAUUUGAACCCAAACAUGGAUGCUAAUUUCAAAAACAUGUAAUUUUGGGCUGGGUUUUGAUUUGUAAAGUAAUUUCAACACAUCACGAAGACAAAAAAAUGA